AUGGGACUUCGCGUACUUAUUGUCGGUGGCGGAUUAGCAGGGCUGGCGACAGCGCUCGUCUUGCGUAGGUCUGCUCAUCAAGUGCAGGUAUUCGAAGCGUCUCAGCUCGAGUUCUCAGACACAGUCGGGCCGCUAGUUCACAUCGGGCCCAAGUCAAACGAGCUCCUCCAGCAGUGGCAGUUUGAUGCCGCAGUGGCACGGGGAGUUCUAGUCAAAGAGGCCCCGGAAUUCAAUUUUGAUGGGACAUUACAAACAAAGAACGAGUCUCAACCUCCCGGAUGGGUGUACUAUGAGCGCAGCAGACUUCACCAGGCCUUGCUAGACUCGUGUAGAGCCCUCGAAGAAGCGGGCCAGCCGGUAAAGAUAUCCCUUGGAACAAGAGUCACAGCGGUCGACCCAGAAACUGCGUCAAUCACACUCAAUGACGGCCAACUCAUUCAAGGGGACGUUGUUAUAGGCGCGGAUGGGUUCCAUUCCACUGCCCGGCAGAAUAUAGCAUCCAAGAGUCCUCCUGGGUCUAGCGGUCCUCCGACAGUGGCAGUUAAUUUCAAGGUAGAUGUCACUCAGUUUGGCCACAACUCUGUGGUCCAGAGAUUCCAGAGCGAGCCUCAGAGGUACGAGAAAUGGAUUGGCGCCGGUCUAGAGCUCAAGGUUUCUGCCGUAGAGCCGGAAAGCCUACUUCUGUUUGACUGUAAUGUCCAGUCUGCACCUCCCACCUCGGACCUGAUAAAGGACACAAUCCUCAAGACGUUCGAGUCUGCUUAUCCCGACUUCACGCAGCUCCUCGCCGCCAUCGAGCCAAGAGAUAUUUACUCUUGGACCCAGCCAACACUUCCGCGUGUACAGAGAUGGACUUUUGGGCGUCUCGCCCUCGUCGGAGAUGCAGCCCACCCGUUUCUUCCCCACGAGCUGCCAGGAACUUCGCAGACACUCAACGACGCAGCGACCCUUGGAACGCAGCUCCCGUCCAGUAUCGGGGUGGACGAGGUGCCGGUGCGCCUCGCGGCUUGGGAGACGCCUCGUCAAGAUCGAGUGAAGACUAUCCAGCGGGGUGAACGGCCUUGGCUGGGUUAA